UGUUCUGGCGAAGUGGGGGAGGCGGCCGGUCGCUGCGCCGCUCCAGCAGCUCCUUGAAAAUGUCAGAAAUUUCCAGCGACAGCGAUUCGUCCUGCGGCUGGACGGUCAUCAACCACGAGGGCAACGUUGAAGUAGCACCACCAGACUCUGAUAGCGCAAGUGGCCACGAGGAACUGGCCUCCGAGGAAUUUCUGUCUCCAACACAAGCAGAAGACCAGCAGCAGCAGGCUGCCGGUCUGCAAGCUGACUUUGGCCAGGGUGAUGGGGCACCAAUGAACACUACAAGCCGGCCCCGCAUGGAGCCCAGCAAGCUGGUUCCUGGGGAUGAGAAAGAAAAAUUGUUGGAUGAAACUUCCUGCGUGGGAGCAGUAAGUGAUGAUUCAGACAUUGUGACUCUGGAGGUGCCGAAGGUGGAAGAAGUUGGAAGCCAGGAAGAAGCUGCCUCGGGAGAGGAGGAAGGUCAGACCUCAGAAAAUUUCAACAUGGGUUCCUCUUCUAGCAGCCAGUAUACCUUUUGCCAGCCAGAAACAGCCGGUUGGUUGGAGCAGCUUUGGAUGGUGGUCCUGUGGUGGUUGAGUGGAUGGGUUUUUCCACUGCAGCCAAGUGGAGAGGAAUCCAGCAGUGAUGAAACCAGUCAUGGCUGCAGUCCCACUCUGAGGCGCCGGCGGGCAAAGAAGAGGCUUCUCUCCAGCUCAGAGUCUGAGGAAGGACUGCCACCUCAUGACCUAGAAGUCAAGCAGGCCAAGCACCUGCUGAACAGCAGCCUGAACCGAUGCAUUAUCCUUGCCUUGGUGAUUGCGGUCAGUAUGGGCUUUGGACAUUUCUAUGGUACAGUUCAGAUUAAAAAACAGCAGGAAUUGGUGGAGAAGACUCACGAAGACAAACUGAAUGAUAUGAAGGGGGAUCUUUUGCAAUGCCAACAAGAAGGAAGUAAAACACUGUGUGGGUCUCUGAAGGAGGGUCUUGCAAAGUGCUGGCUUGAAACGCAGAUGGAGAAGAAGUCCUUUGAAUCUCAGAAACAUCACCUUGCUUCAGAAAAUCAGCAUUUGAGGGAGUCUUUACAGAGGGAGGAAAAAGCCUUGGCAUUGCUACAGGAAGAGCUGAGGAAGCUGAGGGAACAAGUAAGACACUUGGAAAGCAAAGGCCCUGGCCUGGAUUUGCUGGUUGUGACUGAAAACCAAAAACUCAAAACGCAUUUGGAAGAGGAAAAACACAAAAUGCAGAGCUUUAUGAAACAAAAGGAGACUCUACUGGCUGAAGCUCAGAUGCUGAGAAAGGAGCUAGAUAAAGAGCGUCAAGUGACAGCAGCACUUCGGGAAACGUUGGAAAAACUGAGUGCUGAGCAAGUGCCAUUGGUGGCAGAGGCUGCUUCGCAUGAGCGCCGAGAGAUAGAGACCCUGCGAAGAAUGUUGACUGAACUGGAAAAGAAGCUUAGCUUUGAACAGCAGCGGUCAGAUUUGUGGGAGAAGCUGUACGUUGAAGUUAAAGAUCAUGCAGAGAAGCAAGAGAGCGCAGAAAAAGCCCAGAAACCAGCUGGGAAAGGAGGAAGCCAAAGUAAAGCCAAGCCAAAAGCAACCUUUUUCGGUUCUGUAAAAGAAACAUUUGACGCAAUGAAGAAUUCUACCAAGGAAUUUGUACGCCACCAUAAAGAGAAAAUCAAGCAGGCCAAAGAAGCUGUGAAAGAGAACCUGAGAAAGUUCUCAGAUUCUGUCAAGUCUACCUUUAGACAUUUUAAGGACACAACAAAAAAUAUCUUUGAUGGAAGAGAGAAGGAAAGGUCUGGUGACAGAAGAUAUGAGACUAACAGAAAAGGGAGGAGGAUGCAUCAGAGGGACGGUUCCCGUGAAGGUCCUGCAAAGCCGGCCCAGCACCGGGCUCCAGGAAGCCAAAGGCAUUUCGGCCAUAGGAGACGUGCUGAGGACACCCAGCCCCUCUCUCCAUUAUCCACAGACACGACUUCCGGACAGUGUCCCAAGGGCCCUACUGGUAGCCCAAAACACCAGACCAUCCUAAAAGGAUGUUCUGGCAUUUUUGACUGUGCCCAUCAAGAAUUUAUUAGCCUCUUUAACAAAGUCCUGGAUCCUAUUCGGGCUGAUGAAUUUAAUCAAUUAAUGCACAAAUAUUUGCAGCAAGAAGUAAAAAACUUUCAUCAUUGGCGAGAACUAGAAAUUUUCGUCAGCAGCUUUUUCCAUAAUGGUGUCUUUAUUCAUGAUCAGAUGCUGUUCUCAGAUUUUGUCAAUGAUGUAAAAAACUAUCUUGAAGACAUAGAAGAAUACCAGAGAGUCAGUGACAGAGCAUUCGAAGACUUGGACAAAUAUAUAUACCAGUACUACUUUCAUUAUAACCAGCUACCUCUGUGUGGAUCCAGCCCUCAGCAGGAAAGACAAGUUCCAAAGCACCAGCAGCGCUCUAAGAGGGAAGGCCGAUGGCAAAAGCAGGGCCGGAGCAAUGGGAGGCACACAGCAAACCUGGAGAUUGAAGUGGGGCGGCUCCCUUUUGACUCCAAGUACUGAACAGGUGAAGGAGCCCUGCAGGCUGGCAAAAAGUCUCCAUGAUUGGCCGGUGAGAGCUUUCACCAGGGCACAAAAAUCCACUGGCUUCAUCUCCAUCCUUCAUCCUGCCUUGGGAAGCAUUAAUUAAUUUGGCUGCUU